AUGUCGCGUCAAUACUACAACGAUUCGUAUCAAUCAUCAACUCCUCGUCGUGUACCUGCUUCGUUUUAUGAACCAACAAACGGUUCAUCUCGACGUCACCCAUCGACGUCAUCGAGAAAUUUCGUCUCACAAUCUACGUUUCAGCCAAAUCAAGAAAGACAUUUCGCCGCACCAGCGCCGUCUCCUUCUCGCCAAUAUUACGGAGACUACGAUCAUUCGAAUAGAUAUUCUAAUCGGACGCAUACUCCAUUAAAUGACCGUCCACAACGUCGAUAUCGUUUAGAAACACCUUCCAAUCAUUCGUAUAUGCAAUAUCCUCAAUCGUAUGAAAACGAUUACUAUCAUGCUCAGCGAGAACAACCACAACCCCAACAAUGGCCCCCGCAGUUUUCAUCAAACCGUGCCACACCCCGUCAAACAUAUGCUUAUGAUCAAGAUUAUUCCAAUUAUGCAGGAAAUACCGAUCACUAUGACCAAAAUUAUUAUCAACCCGAAUACUAUCCAUCUCAAUCCUAUAACUUACCUUCAAAUCAUCGAGCGUCAGACAGUCCAAGAGUCCGACCCAAUUUGUAUCCUGACCGAUCUGCACAUCCUCCGACGACGUCGUCGCCGUUGUCCUCUUCUUCUCCUUUUUCCUCUCCGCCAUCAUCAGUUCCACAACAACGUGUGGUCGUACAACAACAUCAUCCGGUAUCCCUACUUGCCCAUAUUCUCCAAAGUUUUCUCGGCGAUCAACAUCCAGUAAGAGAUGCGAGACUUGGCAAUAAUUAUGUUGAUAAUGAUGACGGCGAUGCUGAUUUUGGUCAUGCAAUCGUAAGUCCAAUUAACCUUAUUGCUCUGGGGAUGAUGAUGCGACGGCCGGCCAUCGUGCAUAUUCGAUUGGGUAAUCUAGCGGACCUACUUGGUGAGGAUGAAACGCCCGUAGGUCUAUCCGAAGAAGAUAUUAAGCGUAUACCAAAGAUGACAUAUAAAAAGUCAAGUAAAUCUAAAGCCAAUGACGAUAAAUGUGCUAUUUGUCUGAGUGAUUAUAAAACCGGUGAAACUUUGAAACGUUUACGAUGUGAUCACUUUUUCCAUUCGGAUUGCAUCGAUCCCUGGUUAAAGACUUCUGUACAAUGUCCAAUCUGUCGUGGCGCACAAACAAACUAA